UAGAAUCUAGGUAUAGACCUAAUUAUUAUUUGUAUAAAAACUCAAAACUUUUUUAGUGUACCCCCACACUACCAUCAUUAUCUUAUCUUCUCAAAGCAUGGUGGGAAAAUACCGGCAUGGAGUUGUACUGAGAGGCACUUGGGACUAUCCAAAUCUAGCUCUGUUGGAUUUGGUGGCCCUAAUUUGACAAAGUUCUAUCUAAGCUUGUCAUUUCUCAUUAUGGGUUAAUUAGUUAGCUAGUUUUUUACUUUAAAAAAGUUGAACUCUUCGGUCUGGUUCUUUUUCUUCUAUUUCAGUCAAGUGUUGUAACUUCUAGUUAGCACUUAGGUAACCGUACUACUAUGGUCUAAGCAAGGAAAGGAAGGGGGUGGAACUUGGCAACUGCACCUAAAAGACCAUGAAAGGACAGGUGAUGGGAUCCACCCUCUCCAGAUGGAUGGUUGUGAUCAUCUAGUGAACUGACCAAUUCCCAUCCUCUUCCCAUCCUCUUCUUUUUUUACCAUUUUCCUUAUUUUGUAAUCUCAAAUUCCAAAAUUGUAAUCUCUUAUUACAAAAGAUCAACAAGUGCAGUGAUUCUCAAAGAAGAAAUUCAAGUUUUCACAUUGCCAAGCAACAGAUCAUUUUUUGCUAUUCCACUACAGUUGUACUUGUGAGCACGAUGGCAGAGGAAAUCGUAAGCAGGGUGAUUUCAUUUGCUACUGAGCUGAUCGGCAAUGCUCGGAGCUGCAAGGAGGAGCUGAGAGGGCUUGUUGAAUCAUUAACCAUGAUUCGAGCUGUUUUGACUGAUGCCGAGAGAAGACAAGUGAGAGAUGAGUCUGUGAAGCUUUGGCUCCAAAAGCUUGAAGAUGUUGCUUAUGAAGCUGACGAUGUGCUGGACGAGUUUAUGUACGAGAAUCUCCGGCAAAAGAUAGAGGUCGAAAACGAAAGGAAGAGAAAGGUAAACUUCCUCGACCCAUUUAUUUUCAGUCUCUCCAUGGCGAAAAAAAUUAAGGCUGUUCAGGAAAAACUAGCAAAAGUAAAUGGGUUGGUAAAUGGGUUUGGACUUGCUAGAAUAUUGUCAGUAGAUUCAAAUGUUGAGAUUGUUCCAACUAGAGAGACAGACUCCUUUCUUGAUCAUUCAGAAGUUGUAGGAAGGAAAAGUCAAGUUUCAAAAAUAGUGAGCUUGCUGACUAGUGCAACCAAUCAACAACUCUCCGUCAUUCCUAUAGUCGGCAUGGCUGGUUUGGGAAAGACAACUUUUGCAAAACUAGUGUACAAUCAUGAGCUAGUAAAAAAACAUUUUGAUAAGACAAUGUGGGUAUGUGUCUCUGAUGAUUUUAAUGACAAAAAUAUUUUAAGAGGGAUUCUUGAAUCCCUUACCAAUAACUCAAGUCUUUCAGUAAGUAAGAAUACGGUACUUCAAAACCUUCAAAAAGAGUUGCAGGGGAAAAAAUAUCUUCUAAUUCUUGAUGAUGUAUGGAAUGAAGUUCUACUAAAAUGGGAUACAUUAAGGGAUUGCUUGUUAGGAAUUAUGUCAAAUACUGGAAACAGUAUUAUUGUUACAACCCGUAGUGACAAGGUGGCAGAAAUCAUGGAGACACAUCCCCGGCAUCACUUAGAAAGACUACCUGAGGCAGAAUGCUGGUCCAUAAUCAAGAAAAAAGUAUCUUCAAUUCCAUUAACUCCAGAUUUGGAGGCUAUCGGAUAUGAUAUUGCCAAAAAAUGUGGAGGGGUCCCAUUAGCAGCAAAAGUCCUAGGAGGGACAAUGGCUCGUAAAAAAGUCAAAAAUGAAUGGUUAGCAAUUCAAAACAAUGAAAUUUGGAAUUACCCACAUGUUAGCCAUGAAAUGUUACCAAUAUUAAAAUUGAGCUUUGAUCAUCUGCAAUCACCAUCUCUUAAAAAAUGCUUUGCAUAUUGUUCAAUUUUUCCUAAAGAUUACAUGAUUGCAAAGGAAGAGUUAAUUCAGUUUUGGAUGGCUGAAGGGUUCCUUCAACCAUCUCAAGGAAGUUGUGUGGUAAUGGAGGAUAUUGGUAACAUGUAUUUUGAUAUCUUGUUGGCAAAUUCCUUAUUUCAAGAUGAGAAAAAGGAUGAGUUUGAUAAUAUUAUCAUUUGCAAGAUGCAUGAUUUGGUACAUGAUCUUGCACUCUCAGUUUCAAAAUCUGAGACCUUAUUUUUGAAUAAGGAUUUGGAGGGUGACAUCAGUUACACACGAUAUUUAUUUAUCGAAUCUGAUGGUAAAAUUAUACCAAGAAUUCCAUCUUCAAAAGAUGAUGUUAGGAGAUUGCGCACAUUUGUUUCUAAAAAUGUUGUGCUUGGCAACACGUUAUUAAAUUUUAAUUGCUUACGUGUUCUAAAAUUAAAUGGAAACUCUAUAAAAGAAUUGCCAAGUUCAGUUGGCCUUUUAAUACAUUUGAGGCUUCUCAGCGUCGCAAGUUUAUCCAUCAGAGCAUUACCAAAGUCCAUCACCAAACUCUACAAUUUGCAAACUUUAAGAAUCGAAGGUUGCCGAAAUGUCAGAGAGCCUCCUGAAGAUCUAAAACAAUUGAUAAACUUAAGGCAUAUUUAUAUCCCUUAUGGCUUUUAUGAAAAACUUAAGGAUAUAGGGCAAUUGACGUGUCUACAAACAUUGCCAUGUUUUAUUGUGGGUCAAGAUGCAGGUCAUCGGAUCGAGGAAUUGGGAUGCUUAAAUCAACUUAGAGGAAAAUUAAACCUCUGGAAUCUAGGGCAUGUGAGAGAUAGAGAAGAAGCCCGAAGAGCAAAUUUAGAAGAAAAGGCCAAAAUAUACAAGUUGAGAUUUUACUGGACGAGACGGGGAUCGGAAAGAGAAGGCAACCACGAGAAUGAUGAAGAGGUGUUGGAAGGUCUCAAGCCUCACCGACAUUUGAAGAGCUUAGCAAUUGAUGGCUUUGGAGGAAAGAAAUUCCCAUCAUGGAUGUCUCUGCUAUUUGGCAAUUUGAUUGAGAUCGAAUUUGGCAAUUGCAGAAAAUGUGAGGUUCUUCCCACUCUUGGGCUUCUACCCCAUCUUACGGUUCUUACAAUAAAAGGUAUGGAUGGUGUAAGACGUAUAGGAACUGAGUUUUACAGUAACUAUAAUAAUGGAAGUGAUGGCACUAUAUUGUUCCCAGCUUUGAGAAAACUUGAUUUGAGUAGAAUGCCCAAUCUAGAGGAAUGGACGGAUGUGAUGGAGCCAGCAACAACAACAGGCCUAAUGGUGUUUCCUUGCCUUGAGGAGUUGAGCAUUCAAUUUUGUAACCAACUGAAAAGUGCUCCAUGUUUUUUUUCGAGUCUUAAGAAAUUACUCAUUAGGGACAUGUGUAGCACGACAUUUGAAAACAUUAUCAGCAAGCUUACCACACUCACGUCCCUCGAGGUUUGGAAGAUUUCAGGACUUGCUUGUCUGCCAGAGAAGUUAUUGCAAAAAAAUGCGAGUCUCAUGUCUCUGACGAUAGCGGGAUUGGCCGAUUUUGUGUCCAUAGUGUCACAUGAGGAUGUAUGGGCCUUCUGCACCUCUCUUCGAUCGCUUAAAAUAAAAGUCUGUUGGAAAUUACAAAUACAAGGUGUCCCAUCCCAUCUUCAACGCUUGGAGAUAUCUGGGUGUGUUAUUCUACCUACCGGGCUACAAUCAUGCACGUCUCUUACCCUGCUAGAGAUUCAGCGUUGUGAUAAAUUGAAAUCAAUUCCAAAUCUAGGACAAUUGCGUUCUCUUACUCAAUUAAAAAUUAGGUAUUGCGAUAAUCUGAUAUCAAUACCUGAUUUAAGAGGAUUGCAUUCUCUUAUCGAAUUACGAAUUUGUCAUUGUCCUAAAUUGACGAGUCUCCCAGAGGGUUUAGAAUCUCUCACCCGCUUGAAGACUUUGGCGAUUGGCAAGUUUUGUGAGGAGCUGGAUGAUUUCCCAAGUCUCGUUUCUAUCGAACACUUGCACGCAUCCCUGCAACAUUUAGAAUUGAGAGGGUGGCCUAAACUUAAGUCCAUACCGGACAAUAUUCAAGUCUUGACUGCCCUUGAAAGUUUCUUCAUAUCUCACUUUGAAGGCAUGGAAACUUUGCCUGAGUGGUUGACCAAGCUUUCUUCUCUUCAAAUUCUGGAAAUCUUUCGUUGCUCCAAUUUAAAGGAAAGUUGUGCAAUUGGUGGAAAUGAGCGGUACAGAAUUGCCCAUAUUCCAUUUAUCAGAAUCUAUUAAGCGAACAAGCGAAACGGAUGGUUUCAUACAAGACCUGCAUACUGUACUUAAGUGGAUCAUGGGUUAACAUUUUCUCUCCUCAAGAGGUCCAAUUCCCUUACUAAAGAGAUGUUCUCUGGUGUUAGCCAAGUGGAAGGUUUCUUAAAUUGGUCAAGAAUUUCUUAGAAGUUAUUGCUUAUUGUGGUUGUUGCCAGAGUGGCUAACAAUUGCACACAGUCUAGUGGGGGUGUCAAUUUGAUUCCUAUUUGAUUGGAGUUCAUUAAAAUUUUGAUGCAAGGACCUUACUUAUCUCCCUAAAGUGGAUUUCAUGCGUUUGAUCACCAAAUUGCUAUGCCUAUCCAUUCAUAACAGUCUCAAAGUUAAAUAAAUAGAUGUGUUGAGGGCGACGAUACAUCCUGGUCCAAAGAUGGGGAAUGGUUUAAAAAGAGGAAUCUGUUUGAAGUUCACAUAUAUAUUAUUACAACAGUAUGUGUGGUGCUAGUGACAACAUAUAUAUUGUAUUCAGCUGGAAGAACAAUUGACUAAUUCAAUGGAGUUUUUUAGAAGUUCUUUAAAGUUGAAGAGAAGGGAAGAUUCUACUUAGGAGCAGCAUAUGGCAAUCAUGAUUCCCUAAAGCUGAUGCAUGUGCUCCCAUACUAUGCCUCACCACAUUAUGCAAUCUAUUAGAUAUUUUAUCGUCCAAGAUUUUCAUCAUUAAAAGGAAGGAUGAGCUGAAGGUAAUGCCCCGGGUUUUCCAAGAUUGUCAUCUAAAACAGAUUGAAUGCUAUGUCAUCCACCUAGUAGCAUCUUGAAGCUCAUGUGAUAUCAGAAAAAGCUGGUGGAAGACUUGGUUCUUGAAUUUCAACCAAGGUCCGCUAAUGCGUGAACAGGUUUGUUUACUUAAGCUGUCUAACUCUCUUGGAAAGGUUUUGUUAAUUUCUUUUUUAUUGCCCUUCCCCCAACAUAAUAUAAUGCAUGAAAAAUGGAUUUUUUUUCCUUUUUAAUUUUUUUUUUUUAAUACAUGCUUGCAUAAGUGUCAUGGAUAAAGUUUAAAUUCACACAAAAUGAUUGAUAUUUUCCCAAUAUUAUAUUGUUCUUGAGCUUUAGCCAAUUAUUAGAUUUUCUUUUGUACUUUUAACAAUUGGCCUAGUAAUUGCUCUCUUUUCUUGAAAUCUAGCUUUUCAAUUGUAGUUCAAAGUUCUAGCAUUAUAUUUGUUACCGUUUGUGCAUUCUAAGUUCAGAAAAGCAUACAUAGCAAAGGGAAAAGGGAAAUUAAGGAUCACCUAUGUCAUUUUCAAAAAUGAAAAAUAGACACUUUACAUCAAUUCUAGCCAUAAUGUGCUCUUUUUUGAUGAAAUCCAAGCCAGUGAAAAGAAGGAAUAAGAUAUUUCCUGCUGAACUCAGUCAUGGUGGCAAGUAUAGGAACAGUUAGAUUUCUUCCCCUACUUAUUACAAAUUCCAGGACCUACAAAAUUUUGAGCUUUGUAUCUCUUCAAGAAAUGAAUUCCAGGGACAAGAAUGCCCCUACCUUCCAGUAAAGAUGGAGUGCAAUCCCUCUCUUUGGACAUUGGCAAAUUGACAACAGUGCAGGAGUUUGAUAACUCUGUGUGAGUUAUAUGGAAUUCUUCAAGGUUGCACGCAAAUCAAACAUUAUUUGGGUGGUGACCUAUGCACAAGUUGUUGCCUCGUCUUUUUCAGCAAGCGUCAACUGGAACCAUAACUUGUAUGCAUCUGCAAUUGUUGAUUGGGUAUAUUCGAUAUCACCCUCGACAAUGCAUCAAUCGCCGUGGCAGUGACUUCAACACUUUUCUAGAUUCUGAGAUAUUUGCAGGAAAUUGAGGAGCCCAAUAAGGAAGAACAACUUGUAACUCGAAUUUGAUGCAUUUUUACCUAAGAUCAAGUUAUGGAUUUCAAAGAUAAUGUUCCCAAUAAAGAGGAGAAAGUUGAAAGUUGAAUAUGAUUCACUUUUUGUCAAAGAUUAAGUUAUGGGUUUUGGAUUCUAUGGUCAGUCCACAAACCUUGGAUACUAAAGGAAUCCAUUGUGUUUCCUACUAGUUGGCACCAGUAAGUUGACAACCAACAAUAUGUAAUAAUUCAUAAUAGUUCAUCCACCUAUCGAAUCUUAUGCUGUUAUCAUGGCCUCAUAGCCAGUGAGUUCAACAUUUUACUGCACAUUGAGUCUUCUCUCUUCAUCAGCCUUGUUGUCCUACUUAAGAGGCCAACUUGUUUGGGUGCCCCAGUUCAUACAAAUGUUUGGAGGAUAUUUCCCUACUGUUAGUAGUUAAGGGGAAAAUUCUAAAGAGCAAGAUGCACAACAGUGGUAGAACUAGAAGGCAUUCUUACAUUGUUUGACCCUCCUGUAUAUGCAUGACCAUGCUGGCUUCUUUGAUUUGAACUUCUGAUAAAUGGGUUCUACUCAGUGUUACACAAGCCAUCAAACAAUAUAGCCACUCCAAACAUGUUCUACUGUCUCACUUUCAGCUUUGACAUCAUCAACCAUCGUUGAAACUUGCUCUGAACUAGAGCUUGUCCUUGGCAAGAAAGAAUUGGAGUUCUCAAGAUUACAUGCCAAGUAUAUGGAUCAUGAUCAAAAGCUUUUACAGUGUUUCUCCCUUUUAUUAAUAUUGAGAAAUUUUUCCUAAGAUGAUUUAGUUUUCAUAGUAGUUCAUUGUAUAUAAAUAACGUUUAUCAGGAACACUUUGUUUUGUACUUGUAAUCAUUUUCAAAUUGUGUUUCCUGUUAGACUAUAAAAGGGCCAAUUAACUCUUUGGCCACCAUGAUUAGACUAAUGAAAGGGUUACAGAUGGAUUUGCAGUUCA